UCUUCGUAAUUCGUAAAAUUAUAAUGUGUUCAUGCAGAACUUAUUAGAUUUAUUCGUAAAAUUAUCUCGCUUUUCAAGCAGAACUAAUUAUUUGCAUUUACGACAUAAAGAACAAUUUAAAUACUAGCUCCGUCGCCAUUAACACCGCAAAAUAUAUUAACACAAAAAAUGAGAGUUUCUUAUGGAUUCUUCGUGUUUGUUAUCUGUACGGCGGUACAGUUUGCGAAGGGCUACCCGGAAUACAUGAAACUCAUUCCCAACGGCGAGAGAGUGAUGGACCCAUGUCUCAGCCCAGUUGUUAAACAAUGGAAGAGGGUUGGCCAUGAGAUAAAGUUUAAGAAAGAUGACACAACAGACCCGAAGGGAACGUUGAACGAUUUUGGCGUGAAUUUCAGAGAAAUACAGGAGAAAGCUGGGAUGAAGCCAGAGAACAUUUGGGCAGAGUUGUGUCACAUUGAUUCGGACAAAGACAAACGAACGAACGGCGAAGAGCUUGGUGAUCCAAAAUGCAUGUGGACAGUUGGCGAGCCAAAUCCAGGAGAUGUGAGGGAACUAACACAUCCAGGUAUUAAAGAGCUUCCUGACGGCAAAUUGUCUCCUACAAUUACAGGGAAAUAUUGUAGCCAUGUAAAGAACAUAUAAAGUGCUGAAAACAAUAACAUUAAUAAAGAGCGCCUUAAAAGCAAAGUGGCAAUCGUAAAAACUCGGUCGUCUCGGGCAAGCUUCAGGAUAGACCAAUUCGUGUUGGAUACUGGCCGAGGUGUUCCGAUUGGCAAAGUGGGGUUUGAAAGGGAAAUUUUGUGUGGUAAGGUAAAACAUUAUAUUUUUCCUGGUGUGUUUAAGUACACAAGGAAAAAAAGAAAUAAACAUUGAAAACAAACUCUAGCUCUUUGUUGUUUUUGUCGGAUAAAAAGACGAUUCGUGAUUUAAAAAAAAGUUUAAUAAAAACCUUAAAUAUCAAUCAUUAUUUACUAUCAAUUAGCAGUGCUUAAAGUGAGACUCUUAUUCAAAAUAAAUACAUACACAUGUAUAACAAAAUAAUUUUUGAGUGGUAAAUACGUACUUAAUAAUGCAUUUAUGGAAAAAAAUACUGAUAAUAAGACUGUAACCGUGUAUUUGAUAGCUGAAAACGCAUUUGAUUGGUGAGUGCUGAAAGUUUUACUGCGAUCUA